UCCUUUCCUCUAUUCAAAUAUGUAUUUUGCUUUUAUCUUUGUGUUGGUGUUUGUUUUAUCUUUCGCAAGGAUUUUUUUUUUCCGUUUUGGUUUAUGUCUCCCUUGCUUUCUCAUUACAUUACACCACUUUUGCAUGUAUAGAGACUAGAGUGUAAUGUCCUCUUUCUCUUUGGAAAUGUGAUAAUUUGUAUAUGCAAUAAACAUUCCAAAAAUGUCUACUACGAAAUUGAACUUGGACCUACAAAGUGUAAGCACUAAUUAGUUUCAACAGUACAUUCACUCUCUCCGUCUCUGAUGCUACUCAUUUCAUGUGAUAUUCUCCUGUAGGUGCAGUUACUUGACUAAUACGGAGGUAAAAUUUAUAUUGGUCACAACUGAUUUGUAUGUCAAAGACACCAAAUUGAUAAAUAAGCCUAGGUUCUUAAGGCUCUAUCUAAGAACUUGCACUGUUCUCAAGCAUAGGGUUUGGUUGCUGAGGUUAACUGCAAGACCAUCUCGAAUCAAGCAGGAAGCAGCAUAAAUUCUGUUAAAAGCAAAGGAAGAACUGUUGAAGAAUCAAGGGAAAGAUUAAAAGCCAAAAAACUAAAGCCAUGAAGAUGAUGACGGAAAAGGAAUUUGAAUCAAAUGACAAUGAUUGUGACAUCGGAUAAGUUGUUGGUGUGAGCCAUUCCUACAAUCAAAGCGACUAAUUCCUAUAACCCCCAAAAAUAUGAAAAUUACACCGGUGAAGCAUUGAAGCUAGCUCUGCUUCAAUCAGGUGCUGCAUCGACAGAGUUUCCCUCUGUUGUUAAUCAUGGACAUACAUAGAAUAUGGUAGAAUCAGUUUAAUUUGCUGGAUUGCCGUUGAAGAGAGUAGAAGUUUGUAUGGGGGAAUGUUGAGAUCCAAAAGGUUUAGAGUCUUGAAAGGAGACUAACGAUGUGAUGGUCCAUUAUUCCAUUUCUACAACAUGAAAAAAAAAACUAUAAUUUAUAGCUACACAAUGCAUACAUUUACACUAAAUGGUGUCUAAAUUAUAAGCUUAGAAAUAUUAGUGAGGUGAAAUUAGUAACAAUUUAGAUGCAAGAAGCAUACUAGCUAUUUUAUACAACUAAAAAGCUGGCUUCAUGGAUGCUUACGUCAAAAGUAAAGUGAAUUCCAAGUGAAAAUAUGUACCUCCAAAUCGUAUAAGCAUCGUAAGCAUUAUAUUUACUAGGGGGAUUGCCUCCGCGCAAGCGCGAGGUUGUGGACAUAGUUCUUGUUUCAUCUCAGUAUUUGUUAAGAGUUAUUGUAGUUGUUCAUUUUGCGUUUUGGGUUGAUCAUUGUUUUUCAAGUUUUUUAUUGUUAUAGGUGAUGUAUAGUGUUUUUACAUGUUUUUAGCUAUUGAAUUUGGUCAUUUUAGAGUCUAAAGAUUGCAUUUAGGAGUCAUUAGGUGUUGUAUUCGUAUAUAUUGCAUAUACAGGGGCUGGAAUGCACAAUCAAAAGUUAUGGGGCUAACUGGAGGAUAAAAGUGCACAAAAUGGAAGUUAUGGGGCCAAAGUAUAAGAGGAAGAAGAAGAAACACAGUUUCACCUACAACCCUGAAGUGCUCACUUCAGAAACUUGUCUUCAGCAUUUUGUUGAUAUAGGGAAAUCUUCAAAGUUACCUAGAGCCCUAAAGUUAAUUACCACUUUAGGAAAGCUGCAUCUUGCACAUUGAUGCUCUAGGGAAUCUGUUUUGUUUGGGACUUUGUAUUUUGAAGUCCAUUAGGGUUUUGCCUAUACAUAUGUUGUUAAAGGUGAUAAAAACCUCUAAGCUACCUCAGCCACAUUUUCUCUCCUUUUUAGAUCUGAAAACUCUUAUUAGUUCUUGCUAUUAAUCUAAGUACUUAUCUUGUUUAUAUAUUCCUACUCUUCUCUAAACAUGAUUCUUCAAGGAUCGGUGACAGAUUCUUGGAUUUCUAUGGCUUAUAGUGAGUAAAUUUUUAGAGUUCUUGGGUGGGUAGAUUAUAGUGAAAGAUGGAAGAUUGAUGAUGCUUAUGAUUAGAUUAACAUUGUUCAAAGCUUGUUAGGUGUUCUUAAUGCUAGAUUGGACUUGAUCUCUCUAGUUUAGAUCUUAAGCUAUUUCACGACCGGAACGUGUAUGUUGAAAUGCUUGAACCAACCUAAUAUUGUCCUUUACGGAUUUGGCCAACGGAAGUUGAUGCCCGAGAUGUUAAGUGGUUAGUAGACUUUUGAUUCAUGCAUGUUUGAUUGCGUUAGGCCAACAGAAGUUGUUGUUUAAUUCAUGAUAAGCAUAGGAAUUUCUGUCACGAAAGUGGAUUAAUAUAUCUGAAUGAGAUCUAGACCUUUAGUGCAUAUGUUAGUCGGUGAUGUCUGGUAUCUAAAUCUGAAGUCAAUCAUCUCUGAUCGAUUACCUUACCCAAGAGCUUGUCUUUCUUAGUUUAUUUCUAGUAGUAGUUAUUUGUUGUCUUUAUAUUUCAUUAGCUUAGAAUUCACUUCACCUUCCUAUUAGCUUAGAUUAAGGAGAUUUGUGUAUUCUUAGUGUUAUAGAUCACUAGUUCUCUGUGGAUUUGAUCCUAAAGUGCUGCAUCGAUAUACCAUUCGAUUGUGGUAGCGUGCACAUUAGGUUAAUUGGCCUGUGGUAAAACGCAGAACAUCAAUUUGGCGCCGUCGCCGGGGAACUUGUUCGAUUUGUCAUUAGGAUUUCAUAUUUCCUUGAGACUAAGCUUUUUAUGUUUUGUAUAGUUUUAACUUUUAUUCUGUUACUAUUCCCCUUUCAAGUAUUUUCUCUUUUGCAAGGUACAACCACAAAAAAGGAAGAUCAUGCCUCUUGAUUUAGAAUCAAUGUUGAAAACUCUUUUGGAAAGCUCAAAGAGGAUCUCGGAAAGCCAAGAGAAGAUGCUGGAGAGCCAAGAGAGACCCUUGGAAAGCAAACAGAGAACUAUUUUUGAGAAUCAAGAGUGGAUGAUAUCAAGAAGCUCCACAUUCUGUGCAAGAGCUUACGAACCACCCCCCCCCCCCACAAGCUGUCAUGAAGCUUAUGAGCCGUCCACCUCAAACCGGUAUCAAACUGAUGGAGACUUUGGUCAGGAAAACCAUUGGGAGUAUGGUGAGAGAUACCAACCUUGGAAUGCAGAAUAUAGCUAUGAAGAAUCUCAUACUUCCCCAUCCUAUAAUGAAGAGAAUGUUCACAACUUGUUUAAGUUGAUGUUGGAAAGGUCAGAAAGGAUGACUGAAGGGAUAUAAGCCAUGGCCCAUGCGAACAACAAAAUGGCUGAAAGGUAUGGAGAACCUCUUUGCAACAACAGUCUCACUCAAGAAACUGAAGAACAAGAAGAAGAGAGCAUCCCUUCCUACAAGAACAACUCGUGUGAAGCACAUACCACAUACAUGGAAUGUGAUUUUGAAAGGGAUGCUCAGCUUGAGGAUGAUUUUCAACAAGAAGCCGAAGAGCCUAUAUACGAGUUUGAAUCACUAUCUGAAUGCACAGUAGAUGAGAAUCAUAUUCUAAGAUCCGAGGAACAAGCAGAGACUGUGACAUUCAUGAGUUAUUACACAAACUUCGAUGAAGAUGAAGUACGUCUUGUUGAGAAUAAUCUUGAAGAUCUGGGUGAUGACAUUUUGGUUGUUGAAUGCGUUGAAGAGACAAGAAAGAGCUUGGUCUUUAUAAACAAGCUCACACCUGAAGAAAAAAUGCAUGUGCUCCCUGCAGCCAAGGAAGAAGCAAAAGGUGAAGAGUCUACGGAGAAUCGAGCAAUCUGCACUGAAGAAUCCUCUAAGGAGGUAGAAGAAGAAGAGUCUUCAGUGGAUAAGUCCUUUGAGAAUAAUUCUGGUAUUCUCUCCACCAAAGAGCUGAAGGUUGAUGAUGCAAAGGUGAUACCAUUUGAGGAAAUCAGGAUGAACGAAUUCAGGGGAUGGUUCUAUGAUAAGUAUGAUCCUGGUGAUCGGGGUUGUAGCAAUAAGGCCUUCUGUGGGCCAUCUCUUGCCUCCUGUUAUCUUUCAAAGGUCAAUCAAAAUCGCUAGAGGUCAAAAGAAGAUGCUUUCUCUGUCUAUCCUCCUCUGAACCAGCCAAGCUUCAAGUAAGUGUUAUUCCAACUCUGUUCAUACUUAGAUUUUGUUUUAUUCUUUCUCUUUUGGUCUUUUCUUCACCUUUACUCUCACACAAGGGACUGUGUGAAGUAAGUUUGGGGGGAGAGACCAACUAUCUCACCUUGUGUUCUGUUUUGUUUUCUUGAGUCUCAUGCAUUGCAUUGUUCAUACAUUUUUGCAUUAAAAAAAAACAUAAAAAUUUUGAAAAUUUUCAAAUUUUUCAAAAACCAAAAACAAUCAUAUAGCUCAUUUUGUAUCAUUUUCAUGUUAGGAUCGAGAUUAGAGCAUAUAGGAUUGCAUUCAUUUGCAUUGGGGAUUAUGAAUUUGUAUGAGUUCACAUUUAAGAUUGAGAUCAAUGCCCUUUGAAGUAGUUGUUGGUUGCUUUAUCUUUCUUUCGAAUCUGAAAUACUCUUUCUUGAAGAAACCUUCUUUUGUGAAACCUGCAUGAUCUUGAAGCAACUCUAAGACUAUCGGACUUAAAAAUGAAUCUAUUAUUCUUUCUUAGGGGUUUGAAAUGCAUUCUCAUGGCUUAAGCUUGGGUUUUAUUUACCCAUUUUUGCCAAUCUUCUGCUAACCCGAGCAUCUCUUCCCACCAUUUGACCUUGGCCUUCAUUUUAAACCUAUCAUAUGUUUGCUUGAGUGAGGCAUUUUCUUGAUAACUUUUGACAUGUGCACAAUCUUGAGAGUAUUGGGAACGACAAUGGUUGUUUCUCAUUACGGCUAGCUAUUAGAACCUCAUUAUGGCUAGCAUAUAGGAUUGAGAGUUGGAUUGGGAAGACUUUUAAGUCUAAGCUUGUUGGGAAAGAAUAAAGAAAAAAUGAAUUGGAGAGUGUAGAAAGAGAAGAAAAGUUGCUAGGGAUUUAAGUAAAAAGAAAGAGCUCUAAGUUUUAGAAAAGAAACCUCCCUUGAUGCAUAGAAAAGAAAAAGAAAAAGAAAAAAAAUAAGAGUAGGGGCAAAAGAAAAAGAAAAGGGCCAAAGUGAAAAAGAUUUCCCUAGAAAACUAGCAAAAGAAAAACCAAGUUCAUUUGAGUGUGAAAAUAAAGAAAGAUUUUUGAGUUUGGAGUGAGAGAUUGAAAGUUUGGCAUUAAGCAAAAGGGUAGAACUUGCAUAUAUCUUAGGAUUGGGUAGAACAAUGAGAAUCAAUUGUUGUAUGCAUGAAUUGUUCUCUUUCUUAAAUAAAUUUUGUGUAAUGUCAAUUGCUCCUUGUUUGAGAGAAAGUCACCAAAAACCAUGAACCACCCACAAAAGCCUUUGAACCUAACCAAAUGAGAAUGACUGAUAAUCCCUUUGCAAGACUGCACUUAAUAUCUAAAUGAAUGUAGGGAGUUGCUUUGAGGUUAUUGCUUGAGUUCAAUCAUAUUUGGUGUUGUGUUGCCAAGAUAAAUCAUAUUUGAUAGAUUGUUUAGGUGAUGCAAUUUAUAACUACGUUGAAGGACAUUGGGUUGAAUCUUGAAUGUGAAUUUUGUUGUUCUAUAUCCUCUAUUUUCAACCUCUUUCUCUUACUCUUCUUGAAAGUUUAUUUGAGGACAAGUAAAGAAUCAAGUUUGGGGGAGUUGAUGUAUAGUGUUUUUACAUGUUUUUAGCUAUUGAUUUUGGUCAUUUUAGAGUCUAAAGAUUGCAUUUAGGAGUCAUUAGGUGUUGUAUUUGUACAUAUUGCAUAUUCAGGGGCUGGAAUGCACAAUCAAAAGUUAUGGGGCUAAAUGGAGGAUAAAAGUGCACAAAAUGGAAGUUAUGGGCCAAAGUCGAAGAGGAAGAAGAAGAAACACAGUUUCACCUACAGCUCUGAAGUGCUCACUUCAGAAACUUGUCUUCAGCAUUUUGUUGAUGUAGGGAAAUCUGCAAAGUUACUUAGAGCCCUGAAGUGACCACUUUAGGAAAUCUGCAUCUUGCACAUUGAUGCUCUAGGGAAUCUGUUUUGUUUGGGACUUUGUAUUUUGAAGUCCAUUAGGGUUUUGCCUAUAUAUAUGUUGUUAAAGGUGAUAAAAACCCUAAGCUACCUCAGCCACAUUUUCUCUCUUUUUAGAUCUGAAAACUCUUAUUAGUUCUUGCUAUUAAUCUAAGUACUUAUCUUGUUUAUAUCUUCCUACUCUUCUCUAAACAUGAUUCUUCAAGGAUCGGUGACAGAUUCUUGGGUUUCUAUGGCUUAUAGUGAGUAAAUUUUUAGAGUUUUUGGGUGGAUAGAUUAGAGUGAAAGAUGGAAGAUUGAUGAUGCUUAUGAUUAGAUUAACAUUGUUCAAAGCUUGUUAGGUGUUCUUAAUGCUAGAUUGGACUUGAUCUCUCUAGUUUAGAUCUUAAGCUAUUUCACGCCCGGAAGGUGUAUGUUGAAAUUCUUGAACCAACCUAAUAUUGUCCUUUACGGAUUUGGCUAACGGAAGUUGAUGCCCGAGAUGUUAAGUGGUUAGUAGACUUGUGAUUCAUGCAUGCUUGAUUGCGUUAGGCCAACGGAAGUUGUUGUUUAAUUCAUGAUAAGCAUAGGGAUUUCUGUCAUGGAAGUGGAUUAAUCUAUCUGAAUGAGAUCUAGACCUUUAGAGCAUAUGUUAGUCGAUGAUGUCUGGUAUCUAAAUCUGAAGUCAAUCAUCUCUGAUCGAUUACCUUACCCUAGAGCUUGUCUUUCUUAGUUUAUUUCUAGUAGUAGUUAUUAGUUGUCUUUAUAUUUCAUUAGCUUAGAAUUCACUUCACCUUCCUAUUUGCUUAGAUUAAGGAGAUUUGUGUAUUCUUAGUGUUAUAGAUCACUAGUUCUCUGUGGAUUCGAUCCUAAAGUGCUGCAUCGAUAUACCAUUCGAUUGUGGUAGCGUGCACAUUAGGUUAAUUGGCCUGUGGUAAAACGCAUAACAUCAAUAGAGUUAGAGUUGUGAUGAUGAACUAUGUAUGCACUGUUCUCCACUCAUGAAGGACUAAACUGUGUUAGUAAUGUGAUUGAUAUAGUUUGUGGUGUUGCUUGUUGUGUCACUGAGACUUAUUGUUUGUUUGUCUUUUUAAUUUGUUACUUGUACUGUUGAGAUUACAUAAAUUAUAUUAAGGUUGUUGAGAGUACAUUUUGUUUCUCGAUAUUAUUUCUCCAGUUUAGUUAUAUAAGUUGUGUGUAUUAAGUAAUAAUUUAUUUUUAUUCUUAUUAUGUUGGUUAUAUGUUUUUUUAUUUAUAAACUUGUUGCUUUUACCGGACCUUUAAAACAAAUACAUGAAGACUUGUAGAAAUAAC